AUGGUCUGGGAGGUAGCUUCUGGGCAAAUACAUUAUUUGAUUCCUGAGGAAAUGGAGAAAGGUUCUUUUGUAGGAGAUAUUGCAAAGGAUCUUGGACUGAGCGUGAAGGAGUUAUCAAGUGGAGACACCAGGAUAAUUUCCAGAGGUAUGAAGCAAUAUUUUUCACUUGAUUUGAGAAAUGGACAUUUGUUUAUCAAGGAAGUAAUUGACAGGGAGCAGAUUUGCCACCAGGUAGAAAAAUGUCUGUUAAAUUUUGAGAUUCUUGUGAAGGAUAAAGUGAAGUUUUUUAUGGCUAAAGUUGAAAUAACUGAUAUUAAUGACAACUCACCCAGCUUCCCUGUAGAAGAGUUUGAAUUAACAAUUGCUGAAAACUCAGGUCUUGGGGCAAGGUUUCUUUUACCAGGGGCUCAGGAUCCAGAUCUAGGGACGAAUUCUCUCCAGAGCUACCAUCUCAGUAGCAACAGACACUUUUCCUUGGAUGUACAAACUGGAGUUGAUGGGAUCAAAUACGCAGAACUAGUCCUUGAAAAGCUGUUAGAUCGAGAAGAACAAAAAGUGCACCAACUAAUUCUCACUGCUGCUGACAAAGGAGAACCUGGCAGGUCUGGUACAGUGCAAAUCCGUGUUGCUGUUGCAGAUGUAAAUGACAAUGCUCCUAUUUUCAGUAAGUCUCUAUAUGAAGCGGACGUUAUGGAAAACAUGCUUAAAGGGUCGCACGUGUUAAUUCUGAAUGCAACUGACCUUGAUGAGGGAAUAAACUCAAAGGUAAUGUAUUCAUUCAGAAAAAUUUCAGACAAAGCUUCCAAAAUAUUCCACUUGGAUUCCGCAACAGGGCAGAUAUCAGUCAUUGGGAAUAUUGACUUUGAAGAAUCUAUAGCACAUGAAAUGGAAGUCCAAGCACAAGAUGGGGCUGGCUUGUCUACUCGCGCUAGAGUAGUCAUAAGAGUCAUGGAUGCGAAUGACAAUCCACCAGAGAUUGCAAUUACACCACUUUUCAGCAAGGUUGAAGAAAGUUCUCCUCCAGGAACUGUAAUAGGUCUUAUAAAUAUAAAUGACAGAGAUGAUGGGGAAAAUGGAGAGGUCUCAUGUUCUAUACCAGCAGGACUUCCGUUUCUGUUGAAGAAAGCAUUUGACAACUAUUACAACUUGGAGAUUGCAAGUGUCCUUGACAGGGAGAGGGUCUCAGAAUAUAACAUCACAAUAAUAGCAAGUGACCACGGGAUACCUUCUCUCUCAACAACUGCUUACUUCCCACUAGAAAUAUUAGAUGAAAAUGACAACCCACCCACCUUUAAAAAUACAGCGUUCACUUUUUAUCUUGAGGAAAAUAACCACAGAAGUGAAUUCAUUACUAUUUUGAAGGCACAUGACUCUGAUUGUGAGGAAAAUGGCAGAAUAAUUUACUCUAUCAUCGAAAGAGAUAUUGUGCAGCCCAGUGCUAAGAAAGUCUACUCAGAAGUAAAUUCCAAUGAGCUCAAUGUGACUUACUCUCAGAUAAGUGAGCAUGAGACUAAAGUCAAAAAUACCUUCCUUCCUACCUACCUCUCAAUUAACUCUGAAACUGGAGCAAUCUAUGCCCUACACUCCUUUGAUUAUGAAGAGAUCAGGGAGAUUAAUUUCCUUGUCAAGGCCCAGGAUGGAGGUUCCCCACCACUCAGCUCCAACGUCUCAGUGACUCUCUUCAUCCUGGACCAGAAUGACAAUGCUCCCCAAAUCCUGUACCCCUCCCCUCCCACUGACGGCUCCACAGGGAUAGAGCUGGCCCCUCGCUCCUCUGAGCCAGGCUACCUGGUCACUAAGGUGGUGGCCGUGGAUGCGGACUCUGGCCAGAAUGCCUGGCUCUCCUACCAGCUGAUCAAGGCCACCGAGCCAGGGCUCUUCACUCUGGGGCUCCACACGGGAGAGAUCAGGACGGCCCGCUUCUUUCUGGAGAAGGAUGCCCUCAAGCAAAGCCUGGUGGUUUUAGUCAAGGACAAUGGGCAGCCACCUCUCUCUGCUUCAGCCACUCUGACUGUGGUGCUGGCUGACACCAUCCCUGCAAUCCUCUCAGACCUUAGCAGCAUCUCAGCAUCUGAAGACCCACAAUCUGAUGGUGAGCUCACUUCGUACCUGGUGACUGCAGUAGCUGCUGUCUCCUGCUUGUUCUUCACCUUUCUGCUUUUGUUACUAGCUUUUAGACUUUAUAGGUGGAGAAACUCACAAUUGUGUGACUCAGGAUUUGGAAAUUUCAAUGAAGUACCUGUUUCACAGUUUGUGGGCAUUGAUGGUGUCCGGGCUUUUCUUCAGUCUUACUGUCCUGAUGGCUCACUAACUACCUGCUCCCAAAACAAUAAAAUUGUUUUUCCAAUUGGAAGUUGUACAGAUAUUCUCUCAUCUCAUCCAGCUGCCGAUAAUUUAGGUCCUUUAUUAACUAUGGGAGAUCCAAGCACUGAUACAGUACGACAAAACUCUGAGCAGGUGAGUUGCAUUUUCUAAAAUUAAGAUUGCUCACAUUUUACAAUGUACAAAGCAGAAACAAGCUGAAUGUGAUACAGUCUGCAGAGCUCAUUGGGCACUGAGCUAAGAAUUGUGCAAAGUGGAUUUGUAUUUAAAUUAGCCAUGUAUUUUCAGUAACACGCCACCAAACAUUAGUUGAUUUGCACUCCAUAAAUUCAGAAAGUGAGUGGCAUUUCACCCCCCCCCUUCUUUGCACUUUCUUUGCUGUCUAGGGACCAUGGCUGAAUUUUUUAGUGGCAAGUAAUGGGAAAGAAAUGGGCAUAAAGGAACAAACACUUGCAGACAAGAGGUCCAAUUAAAGUGUUUCCUUAAUAGGUGUCGUUUGGGUUCGUUACUGGGUUGGAUUUAUCUAUAUCACCAGGGAGAGGUUCAUUGCUCUUGGCAAGUAGCUGCUUAAACUAUCCGAAGUCAAGCUGGCAUUGGGAACUGGCAUUAUUGGGCCACAGCAAGGGGCCUACGAGCAAUCCCUGAGGUCUCCGAUUCCAGGUGCUUCUCCUUGCUUGUUCGGAUGCUGUCUCUGAGUCAAUGAGCAGAGAUAGGAGGGAGGAAAAUGUGCAGCUACCACUGCUCACCUCUCCCUCUGAUCAUUGAACACGGCUGGAGGAGGCAAGAGCUGAGUGUAUUUAUUAUUGUUCUACUUGUUCUAAUUUUUCUAAAUUGUCUUGAAAUCUCUGGUGAAAGAUGGUUUUAGAUAUAUGGAGCAGACAACUGAAAUAUUUGCUGCUGCAAACAAAGUAACUUUCUUUAACAUUCAACAACUCUGGCUACAACUGAUCAAUCCUUGGUUUCAGUUCUCUGCUGGCAUUUCCUUAACUUCUUGCCUUCCCCACUUUUGGAACACUUCUUUUCUACUGUCAUUGCAAAAACUCUGCUGGACCACAAUUGAGGCACCAGAAUUGAAAAGAAAAGUUUCCAUAUAUUAGUGAACUGCGUUUAGUUAGUAGGUGGUUGUACCUUAGGUCAGGUCAGACCAGGCAAUGACCAGAAGGCUAUCCUGUCCUUUCCAGCUUGGGGGAAAGCAGUAGUACCUGGUGAUUAUGGGAGUGGGGAGCAGGUGGGCUUACUGAGCAAGGUCCUGCCCAAGGGCCCUCCAAAACCUGAAUCUGAGUCUGACCACCAAACCUGAAUCUACUUGCACUCCACUAGCCAUUUGACAGCAAUGCAACACAAUAUAAAAAUGGAUUCUUUCCCACUAUGAAGAAGAGUUUGGACUUGAUAUCCUGCUUUAUCACUACCCUAAGGAGUCUCAAAGCAGCUAACAAUCUCCUUCCCCUUCCUUCCCCACAACAAACACUCUGUGAGGUGAGUGAGGCUGAGAGACUUCAGAGAAGUGUGACUAGCCCAAGGUCACCCAGCAGCUGCAUGUGGAGGAGUGGAGACGCGAACCUGGUUCACCAGAUUACGAGUCCAGCGCUCUUAACCACUACACCACACUGGCUAUGAUUCUUAAGAUGAGAUGCCUGUGCUUGGGUAGAAAGGACACUGAGGGAGGGAAGGGCAGAUUUCUAAUCCCCUGGGAGCUAGUGAAUUUUAUACCAUCCUUGUCUGCUAUGCCUUUCUGUUGGUGUACACUAAGGCUAUGUAAGCACUAGCAGCUUAAAACACAGCGAGAUAGAUUUUCCUAGCUACAUUUCAAGUCACAUUUGCACAUUGCUGCACACACCAGAGAGGGGGCAGGGUUCAAGAUGUUUUCACUGGUGCACUUUAUCAAUGGUACUGAAAGCUGCUGAGAUAGCAAGCAAAAGAAUCAAGGAUUGUCAUCCAUCAGAGAGACCAAGGCUUAUUCAGUCCUGAACCCAGGCAUCAACCAGACUGGAAUGGAUCCAGAAAAUCAUUCUCAUCCAGGAAUGUUGCAGUUGUUCCACUACAACUCUUUCAAUCACCUUCCCCCAAAUGUAAGCCAAUUUGUCCAGGGCUGGCUUUUUCAGUAGUGCCCACACCAACUUCUUUAAGUCAGCAAGUGCCACUCCUUCAUGCAAAAAUAAAAAUAAAGACCUUUGCCACUUGGAUCCAUCCAGUUAAGCCCCAGGCUCAAUUUCAACAGCCAAGAUGGGCAGCGAUUGAGAGGGUAUCCCUGCAUGCACCCUGUCCAUGUCUUCAGGCUGCAGAAGCUGAAACUGACCCCACAAAGUUGUGGACAAUAUAGCAUUCAAUGCAUUGUUGUGCAUGAGUGGAUGGGGCUAGUCAAGCACAAUGACCCAGAGGGCAAAGGUGGCCCAACAAAAUUCAGAUUCAAAGGUGUUACAAAACAAAAGAAAAAACUAAAAGUGUGUGCAAGCAAGUGGUUCCAAAUAAGAUAACUGAUGACCGUCAAAUACAAUAGCACACCUACAGUACAUGCAGCAUGUUUAAUUGAUUGUCAAUUUUAUAAGCCCUCCUUCAGUAACAGGACUGUCAAAGAGGCUAGAGGCCCCAUUUUACAAAGAAGGAGAAGCAAAGCAUAAUAAUAAAGGACUAGUCCAAUAUCAGCACAACUCACUAGCCACUCUUCAUUUUCCCUCCUCCAGUAACUCCCUCUCUUUCUUUCUAAGGCAAACUAUUCUUGCCUCUGUCUUCCCUGACUUAAUUUGUGUAAGGACUCUCCAGAAUUUAGUCUAAGAAUCUGUCUUCAAUAGCAGACCUGAACCUGUAAUAUGGGAAGAAAAGCAUGUCUGAGCAGGUGCAGAGUGCUUUUCCCUCACUACUAAAUGUCUUCUACCACUGUUGUGGUUGUUGUUGUUUAGUUGUUUAGUCGUGUCCAACUCUUCGUGACCCCAUGGACCAGAGCACGCCAGGCACUCCUGUCUUCCACUGCCUCCUGCAGCUUGGUCAAACUCAUGCUGGUAGCUUCGAGAACACUGUCCAACCAUCUCGCCCUCUGUCGUCCCCUUCUCCCUGCGCCCUCCAUCUUUCCCAACAUCAGGGUCUUUUCCAGGGAGUCUUCUCUUCUCAUGAGGUGACCAAAGUAUUGGAGCCUCAGCUUCAGGAUCUGUCCACUCUACAAACUAAAUAUUCACCAGCAGGUUACCUCUGAGUGAAGGGGUAGGCAAGGCUAUGUAGCGUAAAAUCUGAGCCCACAUCUCCAAACACACACACGGCUCCCCCUCCCCCUCAUUCCAGCAACCCUACUACCACAUUCGGAGAAGACACUUAAAAAAACACCAUGUGAUUGUACUCUGAAUUAGGUUGAUUAAAAAAUAUAUAAGGUGGAAAUUGUCAUUAGAUCAAUAGUCACUGAUUACUUUUGACACAAUCCUGUUAAUGAGGAGGUACACUGCGUUACUCAUCCAUUGUGGUGCUUAUCCAAUCUCCAUUGAGCUUUCUAGAUGGGAUGUAGUAUGUUAAUGGAAGUUUGUUUUUAUACCUAUUAUUAAAUAAAAAGGAAUGAAAUGUUAUUUUGCAAAGCUUUUUAAAACACUGCAUUUACCAACUGAUCCAUUGGGUGUCACUGUUCACCAAUAAGGAGAGAAACUGGAUUGAACCAGCUAGACCACCGAGAUGAAAAACACAAAAGGUUUAUUAUAGUCUCUGACCUAAAAGAAAAAGGAGGAUCUUGUUUGAUGGAAAAUAAAAGGAAGUCUUAAAUAGGCACAUUAGUCUAUUAAGAGAGCCUAGUUUAAACACUGGUGCCUGUUAUCUAUGGACUGAUAGGACCUGGCAGAGGCUGAAAUGGCUUGUAUACAAAUACUCUUGGAUAGAAGGAGACAGGCAUCCUGCCUUGUGCUGCUAGCUGUUUUUCAGGCAGUUACUGGACAGAUCCAUUAUUCAGUUCCUGAGGAACUGCAGGAAGGUUCUUUUGUUGGGGAUAUCUCACAGGAUCUGGGAUUGGAUAUGAAGCAACUCUUGCCUGGUGGUGUUCGGAUUAUUACAGAAGGUAGGACACAAUACUUUGCCCUCAAUUUCCAAAAUGGUCAUUUAUAUAUUAAUGAAAGACUAGAUAGAGAAGAAAUAUGUGGACGUCUGUUAACUUGUAUUUUGAAGUUGGAGAUUCUUAUUCAGGAGCAGCUAAAAGUCUAUACAGUAGAAAUUGAAAUCGAAGAUAUCAAUGACAAUGCACCAGCAUUCCAAGUGGAGACAUUGCAGCUAAAUAUCCCAGAAAGUACAGCUGUGGGAUCUCGAUUUCUUCUUCCAGAUGCACAGGACCCAGACUUAGGAGUGAACUCUUUACAGAGCUAUCAAAUCAGCCCUAACAGACACUUCUUUCUUGAUGUGCAAAUGACAGCAAGUGGAGCCAAAUAUGCUGAGUUAGUACUGGAAAGGUCUAUGGAUCGAGAAGUAGAAGCUUUCCAUGACUUAAUCCUUACAGCCAGUGAUGGGGGGAAUCCUGUCAAAUCCGGAACUGCACACAUCAAAGUUUCCGUUGAAGAUGCAAAUGACAAUGCACCAGUUUUUUCAGAAUCUGUUUAUAAAGUGACCACUGCAGAAAACAUUCCUGUUAAUUCCCUGCUUGUAACAGUCAAUGCUACUGAUCUGGAUGAAGGCAUUAAUUCAGAGAUAACAUAUGCAUUCAGGCAGGUAUCAGAAAAGGCUUCAAACACUUUCCAUUUGGAUCCGAGAACUGGAGAAGUAAGGGUGAGGCAGGAGAUAGAUUUUGAAGAAUGUGCUUUGUAUGAAAUGGAGGUUCAAGCUCGCGAUGGAAGAGGGUUAUCAGGUCGAGCAAAUAUUUUGUUGGCUAUUACCGAUGUAAAUGAUAAUGCACCAGAAAUUGCAGUCACAUCUCUUACUAAUGCUGUGAGUGAAGACUGCCCAGAAGGAACUGUAAUUGCACUGUUAAAAGUAAUAGACAGGGAUUCAGAAGACAAUGGGCUGGUUACAUGCUCCAUCUUUGGCAACCCGCCAUUUCAUUUAGAGAAAACGUUUGAUAAUUAUUACAGUUUAGUGACUGGCAGAACCCUGGACCGAGAAGAUGUAUCUAAUUACAAUGUUACAGUUAUUGCAACAGAUAAAGGAAAUCCUCCUCUCUCCACAACCACCGCUAUUCAGUUGAAAAUAUUAGAUAAAAAUGAUAAUCCACCCACCUUUGAAAAGAGGUCCUAUGUUACUUCAGUUACAGAAAAUACUUCAGCUGGAUCCUCUGUUUUAACACUAAAAGCAACUGAUCCUGACUGGGAGAUGAAUGGCAAAAUUACUUAUUCAAUCACUGAAGGUGAGAUGAGUUACUCCUACUUCUCCACCUGCCUUUCUAUAAACUCUGAGACUGGAGUAAUCUAUGCCCUACGGUCCUUUGAUUAUGAAGAGAUCCAAGAGAUUAAGUUCCUGGUCAAGGCCCAGGACGGAGGCUCUCCACCACUCAGCUCUAACGUCUCAGUGACUCUCUUCAUCCUGGACCAGAAUGACAACGCUCCCCAAAUCCUGUACCCCUCCCCUCCCACUGACGGCUCCACGGGGAUAGAGCUGGCCCCUCGCUCCUCUGAGCCAGGCUACCUGGUCACUAAGGUGGUGGCCGUGGAUGCGGACUCUGGCCAGAAUGCCUGGCUCUCCUACCAGCUGAUCAAGGCCACCGAGCCAGGGCUCUUCACUCUGGGGCUCCACACGGGAGAGAUCAGGACGGCCCGCUUCUUUCUGGAGAAAGAUGCCCUCAAGCAAAGCCUGGUGGUUUUAGUGAAGGACAAUGGGCAGCCUCCAAUGUCGGCAUCAGUCACUGUCACUGUGGUCUUGGCAGACAGCAUCCCUGACAUGCUGACUGAUCUGGGCACCAUCUCAGCUCCUAUCAGUCUUGAGUCUGACCUCACUUUCUACCUGGUGACUGCAGUGGCUUUUGUCUCCUGCUUGUUCUUCACUUUCCUCCUUGUAUUAUUGGUACUAAGGCUUCGCAAGUGGAGACAUUCUCAGUUGUGUGACACUGGAAGUGUAAAUUUAAAUGGGGUUCCUGUUUCACAGUUUGUGGGGAUUGAUGGAGUCAGGGCAUUUCUUCAGACUUAUUGUCAUGAGUUUUCACUAACUUCGGGCUCUCGGAAAAGUCAGAUUUUUUUCCCCAUUGAAAGCUGUACAAACACACUGACAGGACAUCAGGCUUCUCAAAUCUCUGGACUUCAGUUUACUGCAAAUGAUUCAAAUAUCAAUAAGGAAGGGCAGACCUGCGAACAGGUAUGUUUUGCUUUCACUAAACUUUGAAAAGGUUUUAUAAAACCUUAUGUCAAUAUAAUAUUUAUCUAGUUGAAUUAUUUUUACCUUUUAUUUGAUGUUCAAGAAUAACUUCGCUGCAACUGAACAAGUGUUUCUGUAAGAAUCACUGUAAGAAUUGAAACAUUUAAAAAUCUUGAUCAUCUUGAAGAUAAUUUUGCCCUUUUUGACUUAAUUCAGACUGUAAUUUGCUGUUUCUCAUUUAAUCUAAGUUUAACUCCUUAAGAAACCUCUCCUUUGUUUAAUGUUUGGGUUUAAAUAAAAGUGGAUUGUUGCCACCCCAAUCUCCAAGCAAUGUAAGAUUCCAUGGAUUCCAGGUGCUUACCUUUUGGAAUGAGGGACAGUGGAGACUGUGGUGUCUUUAUGAUAUAUUGUUUAUUUACACAUAUAUGCAACCUGAGCCUAUGAUGGAGGGGUUUUGCUUCCACCAUAGCCAAACCUUGGAUUCAACCAGAAAUCAGGCGUAACUCUGUAUCCCAGCUUCCCAGCCUGCAGACUCUCUUCUACCUUCCAGCUCACAUAACUAAACUCUCCAUUCUGGCCUUUAUCUUUCUAACUACCGGUUUGUUGAGGGAGGAAAGCCCACCCUUUGUCAUGCGACACAGAGACACUUUCUUUGUUACCUUAAAGGUCCAUACUUAGAGGGCCAUUAUUUCAUCAGGAAGUUAGCCUAACUAUUCCAGGAAUUGAAUCCAUGCUGGAUCCAUGAAUUAGAAGGGGGGCAUAACAGUAUUUACAUAAUAAGAAGAAACAGGGAGGUCUUCAUCUGCUUCAAAGUCCAAGCCAGAGAGUAAAACAUAGCAGUAGUCAAGGUGGGAGAUGCCUAGAGAAUUUUAGGUAAGGGGAUAGAUAGCUGAAUCCGUUGUAGGAGAAAGUGAUGGACUGAAUAUGGGAAGCACAGGAGUAGGGGCUCAAGAAUAAAGCAACAACUUCAUAUGUGGUCAGCAAGAUGGUUGGUGAAAUUCUCAAUUUGGUAUGCGCUUUGGCUAUUAAAAAAAAUCUCUGGACUCUCUAAUAAGACCCUCUGAAAAUGCAGCUGAGCUUUUGUGUAUCUGCAACACUAAAGUUCAUUUUUUCAUGAUUGUAGAUGAUAACUCACAUUCUACUCUAUCACAUGCUUUUUUGGGAAAGUAAAAGAAGACUACUUCCACUGCCUGUAUCUUAAUCAAGAGUUUUAAAAGUGCCAAGCUUUAAAAUCUUUAACUCCAUGUUGGACUAAACUGACAUGCCCAGGCACUUCAUUGCCCUAUUCUCCCUAUCAUAAUUAUCAUCUGACAGAUGAGCAGUCCAACCACAGGGAGCACCCCUAGUAGCAGGGCAGGAAUAAAUAUUAAAAUUACUUUUUUGUUGCAGUAUGCUACAGAUUGUAGAUGGGUAGGCACUGGCAGUGGGUCAGCAUUUGUGGGAUGGCAAUAUAACCCUUGCUUUAUAGCAAAAAUUGCACCUCAUCUACAUUGCAGCUGCACAUGGGGUUCCACUGGCAGACAUCUUGUAUCAAUUUAUUUAGUGAAUUUUAUUCUAUUUUAUCAUUGUUAAGUUUUAUUGGUAUCAAGGUGUUAUUUCCAUGUUAUGGAGCUCUAUUACUAUCAUUUUGUAACAGCAAAAUCAGUAGUGUUGUUCAUAAUGUCAGAGGCAUGGAAGUUUUCCUUUAUUUAUAUUCUAUAUUCUAGUUUUUUUCUACACAUGAAUGAAAUGGUGACAGUAUUCUCACUCUCACCCCACUCCCACCAGUUGUUUUCCCAUCCUAAUGCAGAGAGAAUGAAAAGCUGACAUUUUGGGGGGAAAGCAACUUUAUACAAAACAGGAUGAACACUGAAUCACUAAUCAACUUCAUUGCCUUCCUACAGAACAUCUAUCUUGUCUGGACUGAGCUUUGGUUUAUUAGCCCAUAUCCAACACAUUACUAUACCAAGCACCUUUUAAGAACAUUCAUUGUGUCAUCUAUACUAGACAAAGAGGAGAAAUAGAGCUGGGUGUCGUUAGCAUAGUGAUGAUGCCUCAUUAUCAUCUCUAGAUAAUUUCCUCCUACAGCUGGGUACAUGUUACUCAAUAGGAUAAAUGUUGUGGAGUGAAACAGAAGUAUUACAGUGUAACUGUUUGGGACUAACAUGACAGACAAGAACAGAACCAAGGGGACACAAUGCCUCCAAACCAGAAGAUGAUUCGGAAGUAUAUUAUAAUUGAUACAUCAAAACAUCAAAUUGAUAGCCUUUGAGAGAUCCAGAAGAAUCAACAGGACUGCACUCCAUGUGUUCCUCUCCUAGCACAUGUUUUCUGUGGGGGUGACCAAAGUGCCCCCAAACCAUGACAGAAUUCAGACUGAAAUAGAUCCAAAUAAUCCAUUUCAUCCAGGCAUGUCUAGGGUUGAGAAGCCACUGUCUAGUAAAGCCACUUGCCCAAGAAAGGGGGAUUAGCAACUGGCCAAUUGUGGGGUGGUGGUGGUGGGGAAUCAUCCAUAUAUUUUUAAGGAGUAGUCUCAGAGGUGCCUCCUUCAAGGCUGCUGGGAUAUUCUCUUCUUUUAAUGAAGUACUUAUUGCCACCUGAACCCAAUUUACUACCCCUUCUGGGUUGAUGCUGUGGUGGGCAACAAGAGUUGAACAUAGAGGGGAAACACCUCUCCGAUAAUAUCAAGCUGCAAAUAACAUUAAGUUGCAAUAGUGAAAAUUCAUCCCAGCAAAAGGGUCUGGAUGGGGCCACAGGAACUUCCAGUCCUAUAAGCAAUCCCCAGUCCUAUAAGCAAUCCAUCACUCAAGUCAUUUUUCUAUGAAAUGUUUUGGGAAUAAGUCACACUGGAUCAUUGAAGAUUCUUGUAAAUUGCAGAUGAAUAAGCUCCAUUGCUACUUAGCAGAUCCUCUGGAUGGCAUUUCUCUGAUACAACUCUGGUGGAUGUGAAGGAAUCUCUGUUCACCACAAUCAUUACCAUGACUGAACAUGUAAAACAGGCUCUAGCCUGUGUGCAGUAACAUCUGCUCCUACACCCUGUGUUCUAGACAUUUCAUUCAUGACUCCUGUGAUCUUUUAAUUUGAAAAAAUGAUGGAUGAAUCAGCAUUAUCUAAUAAAUGUGGAUGGAGGUACACCAGCAUUUCUACUUCUUUGAAUGUCAGAAUGAGACGUAGAACUAUAUUUUAAAGGCAGUGCUUUAAACACUCACAACCAUAUGGUUAAUAAAGGUAAAAAUUAUUUCUGUUACACAACAAAGCAAUGUUUUAACUGUAAGGAGUUGAACUAAGAAGGUAAACAUGAGUUUAACUAUAAGCAGCUAGUAAGAAGGAAAUGACAUAAUCAGAUAAUUGUUUCUGAUGCAUAACUUAAUAAAACCAAGGUAUUUGGAUUCAAACUGAAAUAAACUAAAAGACUGUAGCCCAGCAUAUGCUUUGUGUGAAAAAGAUCUCAGGUACAAUCCACAUAAUCUCCAGGAAAGCUUGGAAAGUCUCCUCUCUGAAGAAACCCUGGAGAAACCCACAGUAUCUCAGGCAGUACAAUGUUAGCUGUUUGCAGGUGAAGUGGGAAUCUUUUGACUCUCGUUCCCUGAUCUGCCUUAAAGGGAGUUAUUUUUGUCAACUCUGCACUAUUGAGUGUGUAUUUGUUCCAAAUUAAGCAAGUCAUUUUCUUAAGCAUCUAGACCAGGGAUAGUCAACCUUUUUAUACCUACCACCCACUAAUGUAUCUUUCUUGAUGGUAAACUUUCCUUACCUCCCAACAGUGCUCAAUAGAAGGAUUCAGCUUGUGCCGUAGAACCCCCUACCACCCACCUAGAAUCCUGAAACACCCAGUAGUGGGCGGUAGGGACCAGGUUGACAACCCCUGAUCUAGAUAAUUAGUUAUGACCAGCAGAUUCAGUGAAGGUGGAAAUCAAAAACACCCAAAGCAUUAAGAAUUGCUUAUCUAACCCAGCCUUCCAGUGACUUGUGGGGACCUCAGAUGAGUGGCACUCUUGGACAAUGCUUGGGCUCAUUCACACACACCCCCUCAAAAAAAAACCCCUUACAGGCAGAUGGCCCUAGCGGAAUCUUCCCAGCACACCUUGAAUGUGCAUAGGCAAGAAACAGCAAACUUCUUCAGUUGAUCAGGUGUGCCAACUUGAAUAAAAUACUGUGAAGGUUCGUGUAGGCCCUGCCCCACAUAAUUGAUCACAUGAUGCAGAACACCCAUAUUUGAAUGGGAAUGCCCAUCAAUUUUGUAGGGGUCCAGCCCCCUCCAGCAUUUUCCCCAGAGUGGCUGGAGAAACCCAGCCAGAUGGGCGGGGGUGGCAUUUGCCCUCCUAGGUGUGUGACAUCAUACUGGGUUCAUAAGGAAAGGGUUAACUAAUUGUAAAAUGACUAACCUAUAGGAACCCAAGGGGAGGAGCUAGAGUUAGAGUUAGAGUUAGAGGUAGAGUUGGAGUUGUUAAGAAGUCAGUCUGGAGUCAGAGAAGAGGGAGGGAGGAUAAGUCUGUGGGUUGGGCUACUCUGAUGUGAGAGAGUGAGAGAAACUGUUAAGUUGAGAUAAUCAGUCAGAAGGUAUUAGGAAGGUAUAGGCCGGUAAAGAAACUAAGGAUAAGAAACUGACAAGAAAAUUAACUGAGAAACCAUACUUACAAAAUAAACUUUUUAUUUGUUUUAAUUUUAACAACUGUCUUGACUCAGUGUGUACCUGAGAGUAACGGGUUGGUGGCAGCGGGGAAGCGAGCACAGUGGUGGCACAGGGAUCAAUAGACCAUCAAAAGUCCAGGGACCCUGUGUGAUUGCCACAGCGGGGUAUAAAUAUUAUUAUUAUUAUUAUUAUUAUUAUUAUUUCUUGUUGGGGCCAAAGGCCUGUAGGAGUUGGUUCCUAUGACCAGAGUCAAGGUAAGGUUGUCCAACCAAGGUAGGUAGCAGAAAAUUCUUUUCCAGCUCCUACAGUUGCAGACCGUAAGGGAGGCUGUCAGUUAAGUAGUUAACCAUGUUGCAUAUAAACUCUUUUACUUAGUGAAAUUGUGGCCAAAAUUGUGGCCCUAGUUCAAUCUUCACUUUGUUGUCCUCCUGGUAUGCUCAUUCUAGAUAUGGAAGCAAAAUGCUUAUUAUCUUUUAAAUUCAAGUCCUUUAGUCAAACUGGGUAGAGGUUUUAAGGACAAGAUGGCAAUAAAAUCAGAUAUAUUUCUAAUUUCUAGAAGUUAUUUGUGGUAAGAAAUGAAAAAAUAUAUAAAUAUAUUGGGCUUCUAAAAUGUCUAAACUAAAGUAGUGAAUAGGCCAGGAAUGAAAUGAUCAAGAAGGGUGCCUGAUUUUACUGAAAUAAUGUUAUAAGUUACUGUCAGAGCUGGCUCCAGGUCCCAGCUCACAGAGGACCAACGCUAGCCGGCAGUAAUGUACAAAAGUCUUUAUUGAAGUACAGUUUCCAUUUCAAGCCGCAGCGCCCCAGCUCUACGUCUAGGGGUUAGAUCGGCGAAGCUCCAUCUGAGUCUCCGCCCCCCUGUACACCAGUUUAAGAUUCUAGCCUUACUCCACCUCUUACGUCUCUCCUUUCUCCUCUGGGUCCUGCUACCCCCCGGGGUCCCUUCCUUCCUGGAUUCUUCUGACGCUGUGCCCCCUGACUCCUCCCCCUCUUUUCGGCGGGCUUUGGGACCUGGCUCCCUAUCCGGGCUGCCAACUGCGCCGCCCUCCUGUACAUUUGAAUCUGGCGCGCGCGCCCAGCCUUCAACCUUCCUCUCGACCGUUUCCUCGCUCCCCGAUGGAGGCGUGGCCAAUCCUGACUCAUGUCCUCCCACUGGCAGUGCGCCGCCUGAUCCCGAUGCCUGGGACCCUCCCCCCUACUGCACUCUGGUGUGGACGCUGUUACUGAUUUCCAACUGCUGCUCUCUGAGUCCACUCUGGCCCCUUCUUCCUGGGGUGUCCCCCUCGGCGCCCCCGUUGCUCUGACCUAGGGAGCCCCUUUCUGUGAAUCUUCCGAUUGGCUGGAAAGACUCAGAGACCUCGGACCGCUGUCAUCGCUAACAUUUCCUUCGGACUCCUCCCCCUCGCUCUCUAUUUCCUCCCUUUCCUGUGCCUCUGCUCCUGAACCCCUGACAGUUACACACAAUGAAAUGGUGAUAUUUGGAAUGUUACUUUAAUUUACAGUACAAUCCUAUAUAUGGUUACUCACAAGUAAAUUUCCAAUGUGAUUUAUUCCCAGGUAAGUUUGUGUAGGAUUGCAGCCUUAAUGUUCUGUUAGCUACAGUGGAGCAAAGCAAAGAAACAAAGCAAAGAAAAUCUCAUUAAAUACAACAUUAAAUAUGCAUUGGUAAUAUUAUUUCUCCAAAUAAAGACAAAGGAUACAUUUACUUACUAAUUUUGAAAACAAAGAAUUCUGUGGAAUAGGUAUUUUGUAAAAAUCAACUAUUUCUCAUAGAAUAGAAAUUACAGGUUUAUUAAAGACUUUUCUGGUUUAUACUUUAUAAUAUGCUUUUAAUAUACUUGGUUUGUUUAUGCUUUGUUUAUAGAUAGUUAUCCACACAUGAAGGAAGUAAACUGCGUAAUCAUGUCAACUAGGCUGUCUUUGCCUUUUGUAUUACUUUAGCUAUUGCAGUUUUUGGUUGAGACUCUGGGCGCCGCUGUUUACCAAUGAGAAAGCAAACUGAAACGAAAGAUGCAGGGUAAGUUCUUGCACAUUGCUAGAAAGGCAGCUAAACUGGCACACGUCCUCUCUCUCAGUGAAUCAGUAUAGAUUAACAAAAGGAUUUUCUGGUUCUUUGCUACAAGAUCCUUUGCCACGAGAAAGAGAAAUAGGUAGAUGUUCCAAAGGUAAUUCUUUGAAAUGGCAGCUAUGCUGAGACUCCGACAACACAGUGGCUCCUUCUGGUUUGCUUUUAUUGCCAUCUGGCAGACAAAUUAUGGGCAGCUCCACUACUCAGUUCCUGAGGAAGUCCCAAAAGGCUCUUUCGUUGGGAAUAUAGCAGAGGACCUAGGACUGGGUUCCAAUAAAUUGUCUGACAACAGAGUUCGCAUCAUCUCUGAAGGUAUGCUUCAAUAUUUUACUUUGAAUUCUAAGAAUGGCCAGUUAUAUGUCUCCGAAAGGAUAGACAGAGAAGAAAUAUGUGGGUGGGAAGAGAAGUGUGUUUUAAGUCUUGAAGUCCUUGUUGAGGAUAAAAUGAAACUGUUCACUGUAGAAAUUGAAAUCACAGAUAUAAAUGACAAUGCUCCAACUUUCACCCAGGAACGCUUAGAUCUUAAAAUAAGUGAAACGGCCAUUGUAGGGACUCGUAUUGCCUUGCAAGAAGCUCAGGAUUCUGACAUUGGAGAUUAUUCCCUUCAGAACUACCAUCUGAGCAGCAGCAGGUAUUUCUCCCUGAAACUGCAGAGCAGAUCUGAUAAGGACAAGUUUCCAGAACUGGUGCUAGAGAAAUCUUUGGACAGAGAAGCGGAAGCAUUUUACUCACUCAUCCUAACGGCCACUGAUGGUGGGCAUCCCGUGAGGUCUGGCACUCUGCAGAUCUAUGUAACGGUUCUUGAUGCAAAUGAUAAUGCACCCAUUUUCAACCAACCUCUCUAUAAAGUGAGUGUUUUGGAAAGUGUUUCCAUAGGCUCCCUGCUGCUUACUGUAAAUGCUACAGAUGCCGAUGAAGAAACAAAUUCUGAGGUGAUUUACUCAUUCCUAAAAAUAAAGGAGAAAGCAUCGCAACUCUUUCAAAUAAAUUCUAGAAAUGGGGAGAUAUCAACAACAGGGAAGUUGGACUAUGAAGAAGAUGCAUUACAUGAAAUAGAAGUUCAAGCAAAGGACAAUGGAGGUCUCUCCGACAGGGCUAAAGUCUUGAUCAUCCUUAUUGACGUUAAUGACAAUGUUCCCAAGAUAACUAUUACUACCUUCUUCAGUUCAAUCAGUGAAGGAAGCUCUCCAGGAACUGUGGUUGCUCUACUAAACAUACAAGACAGAGAUAUGGGUGAGAAUGGAGAAAUCUUGUGCUCAGUUCCUAAAACUCUUCCUUUCCACUUAGAGAAAUCCUUUGAUAACUAUUACCAUUUGAUGACUGACAGAGUUCUCGACAGAGAAGAAACAUCAAAUUAUAGUAUAACUAUCAUGGCUACAGACAAAGGGAACCCUCCAUUAUCAACCACUACGGUGUUCUUUGUAGAAAUUUCAGAUGUAAACGACAAUGCCCCAAUCUUCAAUAACAUACAAUAUACUUCUUAUGUAACUGAGAAUAACAUCAGAGGAGCAUCUGUUUACUACAUGAAAGCAAGUGAUCCUGACUGCAUGGAAAAUGCUACAGUCACUUUUUCAAUCAUUGAUCAAAGUGUUGGCGAUUCUACUCUUUCAUCCUACCUUUCUAUUAACUCUGAAACGGGGGUUGUUUAUGCCUUGAUCUCUUUUGAUUAUGAAGAGAUUAAAGAGAUUAAUUUCCUUGUCAAGGCUCAGGACGGAGGCUCUCCACCACUCAGCUCCGACGUCUCAGUGACUCUCUUCAUCCUGGACCAGAAUGACAAUGCUCCCCAAAUCCUUUACCCUUCCCCUCCCACUGAUGGCUCCACGGGGAUAGAGCUGGCCCCUCGCUCCUCUGAGCCAGGCUACCUGGUCACUAAGGUGGUGGCCGUGGAUGCGGACUCUGGCCAGAAUGCCUGGCUCUCCUACCAGCUGAUCAAGGCCACCGAGCCAGGGCUCUUCACUCUGGGGCUCCACACGGGAGAGAUCAGGACAGCCCGAUUCUUUCUGGAGAAAGAUGCCCUCAAGCAAAGCCUGGUGGUUUUAGUGAAGGACAAUGGGCAGCCUCCAAUGUCGGCGUCAGUCACUGUCACUGUGGUCUUGGCAGACAGCAUCCCUGACAUGCUGACUGAUCUGAGCAGCGUCCCAGUAUCUGAAGACCCACAGUCAGAUCUCACCUUCUACUUGGUGACUGCAGUGGCUUUUGUCUCCUGCUUGUUCCUCGCCUUCCUCCUUGUGUUACUGGCACUCAAACUUCGCAGGUGGAAAAAUUCUCAACUGUGUGAUAAUGCAAGUUUGAAUUUCAGUGGUGCACCAGUUUCACAGUUUGUGGGGAUUGACGGAGUCCGGGCAUUUCUUCAGUCUUAUUGCCAUGAGGUUUCACUGACUUCAGGCUCUCGGAAAAGUCAGAUUUUUUUCCCAAUUGGAAGCUGUACCAAUACUCUGACACCACAACAGGCUCCGGAUAAGCCAGAUCCUAUAUUACUCAUAGGUGAUUCUAACACUGUUCAGGAGCAGGCAGCAACCUGUCAAGUGAGUACAUGA